UUCUGGGAUGAACGCAUCAUACAAUACAAAAGAUACUAUGUUUCUGGGGCAAAUGUGCAGCCAACAAAUCCUCUGUAUCAAAUCAGUGACUACGCUUUCACCUGGACAAUACAAAAAGGCACACUGGUUGAAGAAUAUCCUGAAAAAUUACCUCCACAGCUCCCAUGCAAAAUACACCUGCAGGAGUACGACAAACUAAGGAUAUUUACACUGGGCAUUGAAGAUAAUACUGGGCUAAUACAAGCUGUUAUUAGUGGUCCAGAGGCUGAACAAUUGCUUCCAAUGACCGCAACUCAAAUGAGCUUGAACAAAAACCAGGUCACCGUGGAGGAGCAGCUUACACCAACUACACACACAGUUUUGGCCUCUAUACUUGAUACACCAUCACCGAUUGCACCUGAGAAACAAAACAUAAAAGGAGUAAAAAGAUCUAUCGACUUUGAUCUCCAACCAAGUGGAACAACUAAUACAGAAGAAAUUGAAGGUGAUGAUCCUGUGCAGGGAUCAGCAAGUGGACGUUCCACUAAACGGCAGAAAAAACAUGCAUGA